UUCUAUUUUGGGUUCCUUGGAAGAAAGGUGGUAUUUUGAAAUAUGAGAGUGUGAGUUUAUUGCAGCGAUGAGACUUGCGGCCUUGAAGAUCCAUUAUCAGAUACCGUUAAAAAUUCAUGUCUUCCCCACUCAAAAGCUCGCUGUCAUUUGAAAUAGUUUCUUAAUACAGACAAAAUACGGUUUCCAACGUCAAUCUUGCGGUGUUGGGGCUUAAGUCUUUAGUUGUUCUAAUUUCGCAGUUAAGACUGGUUAAAAUUAUCUUGGUUGAUUCUUAGACCUGCACAUUUUUCACCCUGUCAAGUCAUCUUUGGCUAACAAAAAAACCUGAGGAUCAGCCAGUGGUACCCGAUUAUUUCCUUCUGGGUAUGGUUGAGGCUAAUGACUGAAUGUAGGCCAAGGUUAGGAGUUGCCCGUUCGCUCCCUUUGCGUAACUGCCCCACAACUUUCUGAUGUACAGAACCUGAAAUCCACCACCUGUUUCCCUCCCUCAGUCCCGCCUUUCCUUCAGUGCUCUUGGUUUGAAUGUCUCCGGAAUGGUCAUGCCUAGAUAUCUGUGCCCCCAUCUAAAAUGCGGAAAGUCCAGUUCAGGGCAAGCCAGGUUUUAAAGUGGCACUUUAGAGCUCUCGGUUAAGAUAGCUAAAGAUGGGACUUCCUUGUUCAGCUAACUUGACUGGUCAUGAAGAGAGAGUUGGCAUGGAAAACUUCGAACUGCUCAGAGUCCUGGGCACUGGGGCCUACGGAAAGGUGUUCCUGGUGCGCAAGCUCACCGGCCACGACGCAAACAAGCUGUACGCCAUGAAGGUGCUGCGCAAGGCCGCCAUCGUGGCCAAGGCCAAGACGACGGAGCACACGCGCACCGAGCGGGCGGUGCUGGAGCACGUGCGCCAGUCGCCCUUCCUGGUGACCCUGCACUACGCCUUUCAGACGGACUCCAAGCUCCACCUUAUCCUAGAUUACGUGAGUGGCGGGGAGCUCUUCACGCACUUGUUCCAACGGGACCAUUUCUCCGAGGACGAGGUGCGGUUUUAUAGCGGGGAGAUCAUUUUGGCGCUCGAUCACCUCCACAAGCUUGGCAUUGUUUACCGGGAUGUGAAGCUGGAGAACAUCUUGCUGGACAACGAGGGCCAUGUGGUGCUUACGGACUUUGGGCUGAGCAAGGAAUUUGUGACAGAAGACAAAGAACGGACCUUCUCCUUUUGCGGCACGAUCGAGUAUAUGGCCCCAGAGAUCGUGCGAAGCAAAAGCGGCCAUGGCAAGUCGGUAGACUGGUGGAGUUUAGGCAUCCUGACUUUCGAACUGUUGACUGGCGCCUCACCGUUCACACUGGAGGGAGAGAAGAACUCACAGGCUGAGGUGUCCAGGCGGAUCCUGAAGUGCAACCCGCCGUUCCCCUCGGUCAUCGGCCCCGUUGCCCGCGACCUGCUCCAGAAGCUGCUGUGCAAGGACCCCAAGAAGCGGCUGGGCUCGGGGCCCACGGGGGCGCAGGAGAUCAAAGCACACCCCUUCUUCAAGGGUCUGGACUGGACUGAACUCGCGGCCCGCAGGGUGAAGCCGCCCUUCAAGCCCUUCAUCCGCAGCGAGCUGGACGUGCGGAACUUUGCAGAAGAGUUCACCAGCCUGGAGCCCAUCUACUCGCCUGCGGGGACGCCGCCCAGCCUCGACCGCGUCUUCCAGGGCUAUUCCUUCAUUGCACCUUCCAUCCUCUUCAACCGUAAUGCUGUGACCGCUGACGUGCUCGGAGCUGCGCUGGACGGAGAGCGGCCCGGAAGCGCCGCCGUGGCCCGCAGCGCCAUGAUGAAGGAUUCUUCGUUCUUCCAACAGUAUGAGAUGGACUUGACGGAAUCGCCACUGGGCGAAGGCAGCUUCUCCUUGUGCCGCCGCUGCCGGCAGCGUCAGAAUGGGGCCGAGUUCGCCGUGAAGAUCAUCAGCAAAAGGAUGGAAGUGAACACACAGCGCGAAGUGGCCGCCUUGCAAAUCUGUGAAGCCCACCCGAAUAUCGUCAAGCUACACGAAGUCCAUCAAGACCAGUAUCACACGUACCUGGUGAUGGAGUUGCUCCAGGGCGGGGAGCUGCUGGACCGCAUCAAGAAGAAGCAGCACUUCAGCGAGUCGGAAGCCAGCCAGAUCAUGCGCAGCCUGGUUUCUGCCGUCAGCUUCAUGCACGACGCCGGGGUGGUGCACCGCGACCUCAAGCCCGAGAACAUCCUGUACGCGGACGAGUCGGAGGGAGCGCCUGUGAAAGUGAUCGACUUCGGCUUUGCCCGCCUGCGCCCCCAGAACUCGCAGCCCAUGCAGACGCCCUGCUUCACCCUGCAGUACGCCGCCCCCGAACUCUUGCAGGACGGGGGAUACGACGAGUCUUGCGACCUCUGGAGCCUGGGGGUGAUUUUGUACACCAUGCUAUCCGGGCAGGUCCCCUUCCACAGCAGCCAGGAGGGGAGCGCGGCAAGCCACGCAGCCGAGAUCAUGCACAAGAUCAAGGAGGGGCGUUUCUCCCUGGAGGGCGAGGCCUGGAAGAACGUGUCGGAAGAGGCCAAGGAGCUGGUCCGAGGCCUCCUCACGGUGGACCCCGCCAAGCGGCUGAAGAUGCCCAGUUUGCGCUACAGCGAGUGGCUGCAGGACGGGAGCGCCCUCUCCUCCACGCCGCUCAUGACUCCAGACAUGCUGGAAAGCUCAGGGCCCGCCGUGCGAACUGGCGUCAAUGCUGCCUUUAUGGCCUUUAACAAGGGCAAACGGGAAGGGUUUUUCCUGAAGAGUGUGGAGAACGCACCCCUCGCCAAGCGGCGCAAGCUCAAGAUGUCAAGUACCGGGGCCGAAGCGCGCCGCAGCAGCUCCUCCUCCUCUUCCUCCUCCUCGGGCUCCUCCUCAGCGGUCUCUUCCCGCCCCCACAAAGCCAAAGUCCCUGCAAUUCGCCGUGACCCCCCUUCAUAGCAGCCUGGGAAGAGGGCACGUGUGAAGGGGCGAAGGGCGUGGAUAUUUAUUGUCUAUGUUGCUGUUGGAGGAAGACGCCUCCUCCACCCCCCCCUUUUCCCCCUCCCAUGCUGUGGUAUUUUCAUCCAUGACGGGGGCUGUUUUCUUGUUAAACGUGGCCAAGUUCUGUUUGGAGAAAACACCGUGGCUCUGGGCAGAGGGUUGGUUCCAACUCCUGCAGAGCGCGGCUGUUUGCUGUGGGGAGGACGGGGCCAGCCACAAGGGCACAACCCCCGCUUUAAAAACGGCGGUUGGGGGUCUGCCAGCCUGUGGUAAGGG